AGGCUAAAGAAGCCUAUUAGAGACUCUGACCCAACCUUACCUUCCUAGACCCAAUUACAGACAGAUAUGGGUUCCAAAAGCCUUACAACUCCCAAAUGGAAAGAAAUUGAUGAUCCUCAUCUCUCCACGCCUCUGUAAUUCUAAAGAUAACACUUAAAGAGGAACAAGUACAAAAACAAAAGAUAGAGAGGUUAAGUAAAGAAACAAAUUUUGAGAUCUGGAAAUGGCGAGGGGAAUUGGGGCAUUUUUCAUGGCCACACUGGUCAUUUGGGUCGUCUCAGUAUUAUUCUUUAUACUAUUCAACAAACGCACCGAACUGCUCCCAAUCGUUGCGGGCUUCAUAUUCUACCAAUCAGCCAAUUGGGUCAUCCGCAAUUUCUCAUCCUCUCGUAAUAAUCCGCUCUUCGUUAACACCUCUGUAUCUCUCCUCCACUCUUCUACUACUUCAGCUUCAAUACUCUUCAUUUUAGCCAAUCAAUGGAUAGUUAUGACGUCAUCAAGUGACGUAAUUAAUCAGAUGUUUGAGCACUCACAGCUUGUUGUGCACACGUGGCCGGGGGCGUACACAGCUUUGUGCUUUUCGUGUGGUUAUUUUGCUUAUGACCAAUUAGAUAUGCUUCUCUAUAAUCUAUAUACUAGCCCUUCGAUUCUGGUGCAUCAUUUGUUGCUACUUGUCUGCUUCACACUUGCCUUGUAUAAAAAUGUCACGAUUAAUUACCUUAUUCUGACUCUAAUUUGUGAGCUGCAUUCUGUUUUUCUGCAUCUGCGUAAAGUGCGACGAAUGGCUGGUUUUCGUGAUUCGACAAGUAAUUUUGUGAAGGUAGAAUGGGUUCUUAAUUUGACGAGUUUUGUGGUAGCAAGAGUUGGAUGUCAUGUUCUCAUCACUGUGAAACUGAUUAGAGAUGGUUCUAAGUUUGAAAAGGGUGGUGUGGAGCUUCCUCUUGCACUUUUUGGUAUGGCUGGGAUGAACUUGCUUAAUGUUUUUUUAGGAGUUGAUCUAUUUAAAGCUUACAGGAGAGAGAUGAAUCCUCAGAGGAGGAGUUAUGAGAAUCAUCAUGAUUGACAAGAGAAUGAUUUUUCCCAUGUUCUAUAAACAAUUGAAGUUAAUCGGCCAUUCUUGUUCAUAGUGGUUGAGAGGUCAAGAGUUCGAGGCUGGUAAGCUGCCAAACAAUAAGGACUUUUCAGAAGAUUUCAACUUAAUGGCCGAACUCUAUGACAUUCUAUCUAAAUUUAGUGGAUUUGAAAUUAUUAUUAUUUGUACUUAUUUAUUGAAUUUUUCAGCACUAGUCUUAAGCCAAAAUUACUAUAAACGCGCAGCUUGUUGACUAGAUUUGCAUUUGCAGUGUUAGUGUA